AUGCAAACCUUCGAGGCGGUCGAAGUGGAGCAUAUUAGGCGAUCAGAGAAUACCCGGGCUGACAUCCUCGCCAAAUUAGCCAGCACCAAAAAUCUAAGUAACAAUCGCUCCGUCAUUCAACAUAAUUUACCUAACCCAUGCAUCAUCAUGAGUAUUUCAGACGCAGCAGCUGAAAUCGCCGAAGAGACAUGGACCACACCCAUUGUCAAUUACUUGUCUGAAGGAGUCCUCCCACCUGACCAGAAGAAAGCUAAGAAAAUGGUGCGGAGAAGCGCUCAUUUCUGCAUGGUACAAGGGCGUUUGUACAAAAGAGGAUGGUCAACCCCACUCCUCAAGUGCCUAAACCCCGACGAUGUGGAGUACGUCCUAGAAGAAAUCCAUGAAGGGAUUAAUGGCCAUCACAUGGGCAGACACUCACUGGCAAAGAAAGCACUCAGAGAUGGAUUUUAUUGGCAAAGCAUAAAAUGGGAUGCCCACGAACAUGUUAAAAAAUGUGAAAAGUGCCAAAGGUUCACCGACAUACACAAAGCCCCGCCAGAAGAAUUGACUUCAAUAACGUCUCCCUAG